UAUUCACCCUGGACCACUUAUCUUCUUCAUCUGAUGCCAAUGAUGAAGCUGUAACGCAACCUGCGUGAUUUUCUUGUGGGCAAGGCUACCUCGCAUGGUUCACUAGAUUUGAAGUUCAUCCAGCGGCAGGAUGAUCGAGGAGGGCAGCAAACGAGGCAAGGCCAUGGUGGAGAAGAGACAGCUCUUCAUGGAGAUGCGGGCACAAAACUUUGAUGUGAUCAGACUGUCAACCUAUAGGACUGCUUGUAAACUCCGAUUUGUGCAGAAGAGGUGCAACCUUCACCUUGUGGACGUGUGGAACAUGAUCGAAGCCUUCCGAGACAAUGGGCUGAACACACUGGAUCACACCGCAGAGAUCAACGUCUCCCGCUUGGAGACUAUCCUGUCGUCCAUCUACUACCAGCUGAACAAGCGCCUGCCCACCACACACCAGAUCAACGUGGAGCAGUCCAUAGGCCUGCUGCUCAACUUCAUGGUGGCUACCUACGACAGUGAAGGCCAUGGGAAACUGACUGUGUUCUCUAUGAAGUCCAUGUUGGCUACCAUGUGUGGAGGGAAAAUAGUAGACAAGCUACGCUAUGUGUUCUCCCAGAUCUCCGACUCCAGUGGGGUGAUGGUGUUCGCAAAGUUCGACCAGUUCCUGCGGGAGGUUCUGAAGCUUCCCACGGCCGUGUUCGAGGGGCCGUCGUUCGGCUACACCGAGCACUCCGUACGCACAUGCUUCCCCCAACAGAAGAAGAUCCUACUGAACACGUUUUUGGAUGUGUUAAUGGCCGACCCCCCCCCACAGUGCCUAGUGUGGCUACCUCUCAUGCACCGACUGGCUAAUGUUGAAAAUGUCUUCCAUCCAGUGGAAUGUUCCUACUGCCGGAGUGAGAGCAUGAUGGGUUUCCGGUACCGCUGCCAACAGUGCCAUGGUUACCAACUCUGCCAGAGCUGCUUCUGGCGUGGCCAUGCCAAUGGUCCCCAUAGCAACCAGCACCAGAUGAAGGAGCACUCUUCCUGGAAGUCCCCAGCUAAGAAGCUGAGCCACGCCAUCAGCAAGUCCCUGGGGUGUGUCCCCAUCGGCGAGCCCCCCCACCCCGUGUUCCCUGAGCAGGCGGAGAGACCCCAGGACCAGCCCCACACCAUUCAGCCGAAGCCAGUGGCCAACAACAUGAACGACACUAUGCUCAUGUCCUCUGGGGCACCUACUCCUACCAAAAGUGUGUUGGAGAGCCCCAGCAGGUUGGAUGAGGAGCAUCGCCUCAUCGCUCGCUACGCUGCGCGCCUUGCAGCCGAAGCAGGCAACUCCACACAAUGCCCUCCAACAGACCUGAGUUUCAACUUCGAUGCCAACAAGCAGCAGAGACAGCUGAUAGCUGAGCUGGAAAACAAAAACAGGGAGAUCCUCCAGGAGAUCCAGAGGCUGCGGCUGGAGCACGAGCAGGCCUCCCAGCCCACGCCUGAGAAGGCCCAGCACAACCCCACCCUGCUGGCAGAGCUGCGCCUCCUCAGACACAGGAAGGAUGAACUGGAGAGGCGCAUGUCAGCGCUGCAGGAGAGCAGGAGGGAGCUGAUGGUGCAGCUGGAAGGACUGAUGAGGCUGCUGAAGGACGAGGAGCAGAAGCAGGCAGCCCAGACAGGGGGUUCGCCCCACUCCUCCCCCAGCCACGGUGCAGGCUGCUCUAUGCCCAUGCCCAUACGCUCCACCUCAGCAGGCUCCACCCCGACCCACACCCCCCAAGACUGCCUCGCAGGGGUGGGGGGCGACGUGCUGGAGGCCUUCGCUCAGGGUGUCCCCAGAAAUCUACGGAAUGAUCUUUUGGUGGCCGCAGACUCUAUCACAAACACCAUGUCGUCCCUGGUGAAAGAGCUCCACUCAGUAGAUGAUGCUGCCGAGGAAGAGGAAAGCCACAUGCGCAACGGUGGAGGCAGGGACGCAGAAUAAACAGAGUAUAAAGCGCAGUAAGCAGACCGUCAGAGAGGAGUGGAUGUGGCUGGAAAUGCUUCAGUGACAACAACCCCCAAGGCAUUAGCACAUAGAGUAAUGCAUGCUGUUACUUAACAGGAUUUCACUAUGUGAACUCCAAAUGUUUUCAUUACACCUUGCAAGAAAAAAAGAGCAAGAAGUGUCUGUUAGCUCUGUUUGUCCUGUAUAAAACUGCUGUAAUUACCCAAUGAUUUCCCUCACGACUGCAAAGGAAUGACUUACUGUGCUUUCUCCCCUGCUGUCCCAUUCAAGCAGAUCAUUCUGUAUAUACUGUACUGUACACAUGACCUUGGGAACUCCAACCUGAAAACAAAGCUUAUGUCCAUGACACUGUUGCCCGUCAUGGCUCGUGUAUGAUUUGCGCUUAAAAUAUUUGGGGUUUUGUUUGGAGUUGUGCUUGGUUUCCUUAGGGUUUUGCAUGACGUUGCACUCCUGUCAGGGGGAUGGUAGCACAUUCUGCCAGCUCUGUUUGGGUGACGAUGAUGAUGACUGCUGGGAUUUCGAACUAUCACGCCUCAGAAAUCCCCCUGAGGCACAUGCUGCUGUGUUCUCAGACAGCCAAAUGAGGGCUGUUAGGUAGAC